AUGCGGAUCCCGUCGCUGUCUGCGGCCGCCGCGCUGAUGGCCGUCGCCGCCUCCGCGGUUCGCGCCGAAGAAGCCACGACGACAGCACCCAUCCCCGCCUGCACGGCCAUCUCCUCAACGAGCAACGGUGCCUUCUUCGACCUACGGCCCGACGUCGCGAAAGCCCCGGCGACCGACAAGUCGACGCGACGCUCCAUAACCAAGGACUACCACGCGCGCGGGUACGACUACGGCAGCAACUUCACCAUCAACAUCUGCGAGCCUGUGGUGGCGCCGGUCAAGGACGUGGUCGGAGUGUCCAAGGCGCUAUGGGGGAACGUCAGCGCAUACUACACACACAAGGACAAGGUGUACUCGAUAGGUUCCUCGUCGCUCGACCUCCGAAGUCGCGGUCGUAAGCUCGUGUUGCGAUACGGGGACGGCUCACCCUGCGAAGCGGCCAGCAAGCCCAACAAGAGCGCGCGCGAUCAGAAACCCGCCACCGGCGACAAGGACAAGGGCAAGGACACCGUACGGCGCAAGUCGACCGUCAUCUCGUUCCUCUGUGAUCGUGAUUCAGGCAAUGCGCAGGCGGCGUUCUCCUUCGUCGGGACCGACCCGGACGAGUGCGCUUACUUCUUCGAGGCGCGCUCCGCGCACGCCUGUGCGCAGGCCGAGCCGCACCGGCGCGGCAACGUCGGCCCCGGAAGCGUCUUUGGCCUCAUCCUCGUCAUUGCCGUGCUCGUCUACGUCAUCGGAGGCGUCUGCUACAACCGUACCGUCGCGCACGCCCGCGGCUGGCGUCAGCUCCCCAACUAUAGCCUCUGGGCCGGAAUCGGGAGCUUUGUCACUGUGCGUUCCUCCGCCCACCCUACCAAACCCGGCCUGCCAAUUCACAGUCGUCGCGGGAGCUGA